AUGGCAAGUGAAUAUGGACUUGAAUUAAAAUAUUUAGAUAGAUUUCAUGAUAUAUACAACAAGAUGAAGGAAAAACGUCAGCAUCGGGACCUCUUAUAUAAAAUGGGUGUUAUUAGACACAAAAAACAAUCUGGUGUAAUGUCUCAAGAUGAAUGGGAAGCCGCAGUUUAUAUGUUUUAUCCUAUUAGAACAGCCAAAACUAUUCAACAAUCAAAUAUCGGAACAUCAUCUUCUACAUUUCUCGGUAAUGUUUUUUUAGAAAGAAUUAAAUCUGAAGGAAUUCGUGGUUUAUUUAAAGGUGUGGGGAUUUAUGCUAUAGGAAGUAUUAGUGGUCGAUUAAUUCAUUUUUCUACUUAUGACGCAUUAAGAGAGAGAGUAUAUCGAAAGAGAGGAAAUUCUUCUUCACUUCCUUUAGGACUUAAAUGGUUAGAAGGAUAUAAACCUUCCACAAUCAAUGCACUCUUAGGAACUUUUAGUGCUUUAACUACUUCCACUUUUAUGGUUCCUUUUGAUGUGGUUUCACAACACCUUCAAAUUUCAAAAAGGUUACCGACAAAUUUUAUUAAUACUUCAUUAAAUAACAAUAAUCUUGGUGGUAGUAGCGGAAUCAAUAAUAAUAUGAAAAUACCUAAACGUACAAUAUUUACUAUUAAUUCAUUAUUUCAAACUUCUUCAUCACCGUCGUCGUCAUCUUCUUCUAUUACUGCAUCACAUAAUGAUUUACCAACAUUUUUAUCUUCAUCUAAUUUUUUAUGUUCGAUGACUGCAGGUGCAGCAGCAGGAAUUACUGGAACAAUUACUUCAAAUCCAUUUGAUAUUGGAUUUAAAGGUCUUUUUGUUGGAAUGUCAGCUAGAAUGUGGAUAAUUGUUCCUUUGGGAAGUUUAAACUUUUGGGUAUUUGAAAAGGUUAAAAAUUGGAUGUCCGUUUACCUGAAACCUAAAAGCAAGAGAUCAAUGUAUUUCACGGAUCUAGUUGAAAAAUAUGACGAAAUUGUAUUAAAACCUUGUGAACCAAAGAACACAAAAUGGAGACAUGCUAGUAAAGAAAAAAGAACCUGGCUUGAGGAUAAUUCAACUAAUUAUAUUGAUUUCAAUUCAGAUAUUAACAAACAAAUUACACGAAUGCAAAAUUAUAUCGAAGAACAAAAAAAUGAAAUAGCUGAGUUAAAGAAACCGUUACAGCGAUCCUACGACAAUAUGAAUAAGAUGCAAAAUUUAUAUGAUGAACAAUGUAAGAACAAUGAGGUUCUUAUCAGACAGUGGAAUUCAAGAUUUACUAAUCAACAAAAACGUAUUGACGCAAUUGUUGAGAUAGCAAACGCGGAACGUGCAUCAUUAUUUGAUGAUUUAGAAUCAUUGAUCCGAAAUAGCACUAGGUUCUCUAUGGAGAAAAUUCAACUUGCCCUCUCAGCUAUUAAAUAUUCAAUCGCACUAUCGAAGAUGAUUACCAAUAUCGAUAAUCAUAUUACGAGAUCGAGAAGUUACUAUCGAUUUCAAAAAUGGUUUGAGGAAUUAUCAAAACAAGAAGAACCAUUACCCGAAGGAAUUUUAUUUCUUGCAUUUGAUAACGAACAAAGAAGACAAAAAUUAUCUCGACCGAGGAUAUAA